AGGAAACAUUGAACUUCCUGUAUGGUGAUGAUGUGUUAAUCACAUAGCUAAGGCAAAACCUAAAUGAUUCGCGGGAAAAAGUAAAAAAUGGCGACUAGCAUAGUUUGAACUUUAGCGCCUGUACACAUAUUUGCAAGAAGAGACAACUCCUCGCUAAUGGAACUUUACUCAACAGCAGCAACAAUAUUUCGAGUUUUAUCGAACCUGGACUGGAAGUUUAUCAAGGGGGACAAUGUUCAACCACCACCAAACCUCCAUAAUGUUGUGAUCAGGAGGACAUACGGUGUCUACCACAAUUACGAUGUAACCCCCUGAUUCGCAUAGGAAGUGUUGUAGUGUGUGGACAGCCCAGCUGCAGCAUGUUGGAGUCAGCAUACAGAGAUGACUUCUGCAGUGUGGAGCCGAAGAAGGGGCUGGAUGCCAAGCGUUUACCCCAGAAGAGGGAGCGGAGCUUCACAGACCUGGAGAGCAGCCUUACCGUGGGCCAGUAUGUCCUGUGUCGCUGGUCUGAUGGCCUAUACUACCUGGGGAAGAUCCAGAGAGUGAGUACCUCCAAGCAGAGCUGCUUUGUCACUUUUGAAGAUAAUUCAAAAUUCUGGGUUCUCUGGAAAGACAUCCAACAUGCUGGAGUUCCGGGGGAGGAACCCAAAUGCUCGGUUUGUUCUGAAAUGGUGCUGGUGUCUGACAAUGAGAUCCUGAUAUGUGGGAAAUGUGGAAUAGGUUACCACCAGCAGUGCCACCUGCCAGAGGUGGAGAGCUCAAUGGAUUUGUCACCAUGGUUUUGCAGGAGGUGCAUCUUUGCUUUAGCUGUGCGGAAAGGGGGAGCUCUCAAAAAGGGCGCUAUAGCAAAAGCACUGCAGGCCAUGAAGCAGGUGCUUACCUACAACCCAGAAGAGCUGGAGUGGGAUUCUCAGCACCGCACAAAUCACCAACAGUGUUAUUGCUACUGUGGAGGGCCUGGAGAGUGGUACUUGAAGAUGCUGCAGUGUUUUCGGUGUCAACAGUGGUUCCAUGAGGCCUGUAUCCAGUGCCUACAGGAGUCCAUGAUGUUUGGAGAUAGGUUUUACUUGUUCAUCUGUUCCGUGUGUAAUAAAGGACUGGAGUACAUUAAGCGCCUGGCUCUCCGAUGGGUGGACGUGGUGCACUUGGCACUUUACAACCUGGGAGUCCAAAGUAAGAAGAAGUACUUUGAGUUGGAGGAGAUCCUUAACUUUGUCAGCAACAACUGGGAGCGUUUCCAUUUGGCCAAGCUCUCCAAUACUCCUCCAACAGAAAGAGGUCAAUAUCUCCUUGAUGCUCUGAACAACUACAAGAGCAAGUUUCUCUGUGGGAAGGAGAUCAAGAAGAGGAAAUGCAUCUUCCGCCUGAGGACCCGCGUUCCACCCAACCCUCCCUCCAAACUCUUUCCCGAGAGGGCCCAAAACGAGGGAUGGAGAGGACGAAAGAAAGGCGCAGACAGGAACAGCUCUCUCCCGGCAGAGAAGAGGAGGAAGAAAAGGUCGAAAUGGCUGCUGGAGGACGCCAUUCCCAAUAAUGACCUGACCUCAGCCUGGAGCACCAACCAUCAUAUGGCCAACAUCUUUGACUUCACAUUGGACGAGUUACAAAGCCUCAAAAGCACUAGCUCGGGACGGACCUUCAGUCUUGACCUGGACUCCACAGAUGCUGCCAGCACCUCUGGGUCCGCCACCACCAGUGUCUCCUACGACUUCAGGAAGAAUGUUGGCAGUCGUAAGAGGAAGCUGCCCACCUCUAACUAUACGGUGCUGGCCACUAAGAAGGAGGUGGUGGAGAGCGAGCUGAACCCCAUGGAGCUGAGCCUACCAGGAGAGGAGGCUGCCUCCGCGAUGCUGGACAACGCGAUCGACAGCCACACCUUCGACAGCAUCAGCGAGGAUGACUCCUCCCUCUCCCACCUCAAGUCGUCCAUCACCAACUACUUUGGGGCGGCGGGGCGGCUCACCUGUGGAGAGAAGUACCAGGUGCUGGCCCGUCGGGUCACUCCGGAGGGGAAGGUGCAGUAUCUGGUGGAGUGGGAGGGCACCACUCCCUACUGACCUAGCCGGCCAGACUGGCUGGCUGCUGCAGUAAGGAGGUGUCGCAGAGGAAGGGGGGAGUAAUAGGCAAGAUCGGCCUAGCAAGGCCUGCCUGGUUGUACUCGUUUAUUUUUUUCAUGUUACUUUCUCUUGCUCUACAGUACUAUCUUUAUUUCAGUAUAAUAUAAUAUUAUUUUGGGUAUAUUGAACCAAUUUGGUAGCGUCCUCUUGAGCAUCUUGAAUUGUAACAAAGCCUGAAAAACUGUGUGCCGGAUGCUAGUUUGAGUAGGUUUGUGAUGGUAAAGAUAACGAAAGAGUUGGCUCAGAGUUCCAAGAAAGAACAAUACCACUGAUUCUAAAGGAUUGGAGCAAAACUGUCGGAAGAGCACUACUAAAACGGCUCUGUGUCCCUAAAUUCAACAAUAUUCUGCUCUAUUAAUAGUUUUUCACAGUAUUUUUUUAAAACUUUCUGUUUAGAAUUGUUUCACAAUAACAGCAAUAUGCCAUAUCUAAGCCACAUUUACAGUGCCUUCAGAAAGUAUUCAUGCCCCUUGACUUAUUCCACAUUUUGUUCGGUUACAGCCUGAAUUCAAAAUUGAUUAAAUGUAUUGUUUCCACCCAUCUACACACACUACCCCAUUUUGCAAAUGUAGGGAAAAUGAAAUACAGAUAUCUAAUUCACGUAAGCAUUCACAGCCCUGAGUCAAUACUUUGUAGAAGCACCGUUGGCAGCGAUUAGAGCUGUGAGUCUUUCUGGGUAGGUCUAAGCGCUUUCCACACCUGAAUUGUGCAACAUUUGCCCAUUUUUUUAUUUUCCAAAUUCUUCAAGCUCUGUAAAAUUGGUUGUUGGAUCAUUGCUAGACAACCAUUUUCAGGUCUUGCCAUAGAUCUUCAAGUAGAUUUAAAUCAAAACUAUAUCUUGGUGGCUCAGGAACAUUCACUGUCUUCUUGGUAAGCUACUCCAGUGGGCCUCCCGAGUGGCGCAGUGGUCUAAGGCACUGCAUCGCAGUGCUAGCUGUGCCACUAGAGAUUCUGGGUUCGAGUCCAGGCUCUGUCGCAGCCAGCCCGUCCGGGAGACCCAUGGGGCGACGCACAAUUGGCCCAGCGUCGUCCGGGUUAGCGGAGGGUUUGGCCGGCAGGGAUGUCCUUGUCACAUUGACUCCUGUGGUGGGCUGGGCGCAACAACAACAAAAAACUACUCCAGUGUAUAUUUGGCCUUGUGUUUUAGGUUAUUGUCCUGCUGAAAGGUAGAUUUGUCUCACGGUGUGUGGUGGAAAACAGACUGAAUCAGGUUUUCCUCUAGGAUUUUGCAGAUGUUUUAGUUCAAUUCUGUUUCUUAGCCCCCCAGUCCUUAACAAAACAAUUUGAGAAACAUAAUUCCACAUUGACAUUAUGGGGUAUUGUGUGUAGGCCAGUAACAAAAAUGCUUAAUUUAAUCCAUGUAACAUUUAGGCUGUCACACAACAAGAUGUGUGAAUACUUUCGGAAGGCACUGUAACUUGUAGCAAGUUAUACCUUUGAGGUUGUGCCUCCACUAAUCAAUGAAAUGUUUAUCAGCUUUAUCUAGUACUAUAUUGCCAAGUGUAAAAGCUGAGUAAUGGUUUUAGAUUAAAUACACAUGCUUUUAUGAAUGUUAUCAGAAAACAGUCAGUUUAUACUUUGUCCUUUCAUUUUCAAAUGUGUUUAGAGUCAGUUUUACAGGAUGGUUUGGGGACAAGAGACCAAAGCAAACAGCGUUUUCCCUAGGAUUUUUUUUUUCCCGCAGCGGUGGCAAGGUUAGCGGAAUUGUAAAGAUUUUGCCAUGGGGCUGAGAGAAAAUGUGCAGUUUUAAAGCUAAUUUCUGCAAUUCUACACUUUUUGCCAUGGCUCAUGCCGUGUUCUUAUGCUAUGACUCAAACAUACAAAAUAAAUGGGGGCUCUAUGACAUA